GUUGCCGUCUGCAGUGUUCCUUCUUCCUCUCCAUCUUAUUUUCGGAUCUUCCCCUCUACAAGUCAGCAAGCGCCACCAUUCAUUCCUCCAUCUUCGGCUGGUCUGUCCGUGAGCCUCCAUUCCUUGAGCUUCGCAUGUCUUUUUGGUGAUUUUGGUGCUUGCCGUGAGUGCAUCUUCUGCCAUCGCUUGUUGCCUCUCGAUUUCCCUUGGGGUGGAGGCUUGGACAGUGUUUUCAGUGGAGUUAGAUGGCUGAGGAGGCUUGCGGGAUUGCUGUGCAUGGGAAGAACCGGUGCUUUGUUUCUGGUUUUGAAAACAGUGGAUGUUUUGGGGACAUGCGUGGGUGGCCAAGACUCUAAAAAAAUCUAUAGAAGUAGACUGAUGUUAAGAUUUAAAAUAUAUUUAUUUAUAGGGAGAACGUCGUACGAGUUUCAUGUUAUUUUACGGCUGUUGAAAUUUCAUGAGAAUGAACGUAAAUUGAUUCUCAUGGCUGUUACUACCCAAUCAUUCACCAAUAACUUUAGAGAGCAACCCCGAGUAGCCCUCGAUUGUAAUACAUCAGAGAGCAACGAUAGUUCAUUGAUCACAACGAAUGAUAUUGGAGUUGCUCAUGAUCAAGGGUUUCCUACAGAUUUCGAUGAUGUGUCAAACAAUUUCAACAACAGCAGCAAGAUUAAUGAACAAGGAUUUUUUUUCCAAGCCUCUUGGGUACAGAUUUAUCCCAACAGACGAAGAACUAAUAAUCUUUUACUUGAAGAAGAAAGUAUGGAAUCUGCCUUUGCCAAUUAACUAGAUCGUAGAGGUUAAUCUAUAUGCAUGUAACCCAGAUUUUUUUGUAGAUAGGUAGUAUUGAUCUUGUUCAAACACCUAUUUCUUUAUUGGUAUUCUUUAAUGGUUUUAGCUGUUUGGAAUUUGGAUUUUUCCAAUGAAAUUGGUUUGAACAUAA